AUGCUAACAGAAGAGGGUGUCGCCGACAUGAAGGAGAACUUCACGGCCCUGAUCGGCUCCCAGCUGCCGCUGCCCACGGAGGAGCAGCGGACCCGUGCGGCGGAACAGCUGGAGCAGUUGUAUUUUGGGGACGAGGGCUUCUCUACAGAGGAUAUGCAAGCUGUUGUUGAUAUGCCUGGCCUGCUUUCCGACGUGUACUUCAUACAACCAGCGGACUCCUUCGCUAGGGCCGUGGCGAACUUCAGCAACAUACCUGUUUACUUCUAUUACUUCAGCUACAACGGAACCGGCUAUAUAGAAUACGGUAUGAUGCAUGCCGGGGAAACCUCGUAUCUGUUUCCGAAAGGCAUACUGGGACCAGACACGGACCCUAACUCCAACGAUGGGAAGGUGGCAAGUCAGUUGACAACACUGUGGACCAAUUUCCGCAAAUACUGGUACGUCCUGUGA